AUGCAAGCUCAUGUUCUUCUCCGUACUCUCAGCCACGCAAUCAUUGUGUUUGUUGUAGCAAAGUUCAAAGUCGAUACCGAAGUAGCUAUUGACGCCAUCGCUCUCGCCAUCUGCGCCAUCGAACCCCUCUGCGCCAUCCUUGACUACCACCAUGUUAGCGGGGACCUGGCGAAGGUCGAACCAAACGUUAUCGCUCGGAAGCUCAACGCCACGGAUACCUUUUCGGACAAACGGGUACACUGA